AAAUUUCAAUAAUAUAUGUCUUUAAGACUUUAUCAUUCAUAUCUUGGAUGAGCCAAGCAAGCCAGCUCAUUCCAACAAAGUCCAACUUCCCCAUCUCUUAUCCCCCCCAUACAUAAAACCCAUAAAAACCCCCACCACCACCCUCACUCACCCCCACCACCACCACCACAAUGGCGCCGCGCUCCUUCCUCCUCCUCCUCCCCCUCCUCCUCGCCGCCUCCGCCUCCGCCCAGUCCGCCCCGGGCCCCGCCCCCGCGGGCCCCAUCAACGUGACCGCGAUCCUCGAGAAGGCCGGGCAGUACACUCGGUUCAUCCACUUCCUCAACAUCACCCAGGCCGGCGACCAGCUCAACAACCAGGUCAACAACUCCCACGACGGCAUGACGCUCUUCGCCCCGACCGACAACGCCUUCCAGAACCUCCCGCCGGGGGCCCUCAACGACCUCACGCCGCAGCAGCAGGUGCAGCUGGUGCAGAACCACAUCUGCCCGAAAUUCUACUCCCUCACCGACCUCCUCUCCGUCAGCAACCCCGUCCGCACCCUCACCUUCGGCCAGCCCGGCGGCGACUUCGGCCUCAACUUCACCGGCCAGAACAACCAGGUCAACGUCUCCACCGGCGCCGUCGUCGCCCCCGUCUACAACGCGCUGCGGAAGGACUUCCCCCUGGCGGUCUACCAGGUGGACAAGGUCCUCCUGCCGCGCUUCUUCGACGCCGCCGAGGCGCCGUCGAAGGCUCCCGCCGCCGACGGAUCCAAGAGCGGCGGUGGGGCCGCGGACGGCGCGACGGCGCCGUCUACGUCCAACCCCGCGGGCAGCGGCGCCGCGAGGGUGGGCGUGGGGAUGGCGAUUUGGUUGGUGUGCAUGGGAUUGGUAUCGUCAUAAGUUGGGGGAGAAAUCAAACUACAAUGUUUUUUUGUUUUUUUUUGAAUUUGAUCGUGUUUUUUUUUUUUUUAUUCGAUUCUUAUUUGAUUUGGGGUUUUCACCGAUUCGUGUAAAGGAGCUUCUGUGUUGGGGGAUUUUUUUAAAUUUAUAUUGGAUCUAGUUGAAGGAAA